AUGCCCUUAUUCCAUCCCCUUCUCCCAGAUUCCAUCCCCUUCUCCCAGAUUCCAUCCCCUUCUCCCAGAUUCCAUCCCCUUCUCCCGGACUUCAUCCCCUUCUCCCAGAUUCCACCCCCUUCUCCCAAAUUCCAUCCCCUUCUUCCAGAUUCCAUCCCCUUCUCCCAGAUUCCAUCCCCUUCUCCCAGAUUCCAUCCCCUUCUCCCAGAUUCCAUCCCCUUCUCCCAGAUUCCACCCCCUUCUCCCGGAUUCCAUCCCCUUCUCCCAGAUUCCAUCCCCUUCUCCCUGAUUCCAUCCCCUUCUCCUAGAUUCCAUCCCCUUCUCCCAGAUUCUAUCCUCUUCUCCCAGAUUCCAUCCCCUUCUCCCAGAUUCCAUCCCCUUCUCCAAGAUUCCAUCCCCUUCUCCCAGAUUCCAUCCCCUUCUCCCGGACUUCAUCCCCUUCUCCCAGAUUCCACCCCCUUCUCCCAAAUUCCAUCCCCUUCUCCUAGAUUCCAUCCCCUUCUCCCAGAUUCCAUCCCCUUCUCCCAGAUUCCAUCCCCUUCUCCCAGAUUCCAUCCCCUUCUCCUAGAUUCCACCCCCUUCCCCCGGAUUCCAUCCCCUUCUCCCAGAUUCCAUCCCCUUCUCCCUGAUUCCAUCCCCUUCUCCUAG